AUGCGGGGCAACGUGGCCGUCUUCAAGUGCCAUCCCUCUGCUGUGCAGGAGUACGUCAGUGUGGUGUCCUGGGAGAAGGACACUGUCUCCAUCGUCCCAGGUAACAGGUUUUUCCUGACAUCAUAUGGGGCCCUCUACAUAUCUGACGUUCAGAAAGAGGACGCCCUCUCUACAUACCGCUGCAUUACCAAGCACAAAUACAGCGGAGAAACCAGGCAGAGCAAUGGGGCUCGUCUCUCUGUGCUGGACCCCACUGAAUCCCCGCCUUCUCUGAUGGACAGUUUCCAGUCAGGAGAGGUACAAGUGGGGCGCAGCAUAGAGUUGCCCUGCAUCGCCUCCGGGUACCCCAACCCUACCAUCCGCUGGCUGAAGGAUGGGAGGCCGCUUCCUGCUGACUCCCGCUGGACGCGGCGACUGACCGGCCUCACAAUCAGCGAUCUCCGCCUGGAAGACUCCGGAAACUACAUCUGUGAAGUCACCAACAGCUUCGGCUCCAAAGAGGUCACGGGACACCUAAAUGUCAUCGAGCCUCUGAGAGUCACUUUAUCCCCCAAGAACCUGAAAACAGGCAUCAGCAGCACAGUUAUUCUUUCAUGUGCUGUUCAGGGCUCGCCCCACUUCACCGUCUCCUGGUUCCGCAACACAGAACCCAUCGUGCCCGACCAGCACUUCUCCAUCCAGGGUGCCCACAACGAGACACUCUUCAUCACGGCAGCCCAGAAAAGACACUCAGGGGCAUAUCAGUGCUUUGCCACCCGCAAGGGUCAGACCGCACAGGACUUCUCCAUCAUACUGCUUGAGGACGGCACCCCACGGAUCGUCUCGUCUUUCAGUGAGCGCGUGGUAGCCCCUGGCGAGCCCUUCUCCCUCAUGUGUGCGGCCAAAGGCGCCCCUCCCCCCACCAUCACCUGGACGCUGGACGAUGAGCCGGUAGCGCGGGACUCGGCGCACCGGGCCAGCCAGUACACGCUCUCCGACGGCUCCACUGUCUCGCACGUGAAUGUCACCAACCCCCAGAUCCGCGAUGGGGGCGUGUACCGCUGCGCCGCACGCAACUCGGCCGGUAGCGCCGAGUACCAAGCGCGCAUAAACGUAAGAGGUCCUCCAAGUAUCCGGGCCAUGCGGAACAUCACGGCCGUGGCGGGUCGCAACACUUUUAUUAACUGUCGUGUGAUUGGUUAUCCCUAUUACUCCAUCAAGUGGUAUAAAGAUAUAGUGCCAUUGCCAGACAACCAUCGUCAGGUGGUGUACGAGAAUGGCACUCUGAAGUUGAGCGAUGUGCAGAAGGGCAUGGAUGAGGGGGCGUAUCUGUGCAGUGUGCUCAUCCAACCCCAGCUCUCCAUCAGCCAGACUGUCUACGUCACAGUCAAAGUUCCUCCCCUCAUCCAGCCCUUUGACUUCCCUCCCACCUCCAUUGGUAAGCUGAUGUACAUAGCGUGCGUGGUGUCCUCCGGAGACAUGCCAAUCCGGAUCACCUGGAGGAAGGAUGGGCAGGAGAUUGUGUCGGGAACAUCAGGAGUCACCAUCGAAACCAAGGAGUUCAUGAGUUCCCUUCAAAUCUCCAAAGUUUCUCUCGAGCACAACGGAAACUACACCUGUAUUGCGAGCAACGACGCAGCAACUGUCAGUUCAGAGAGACAGCUCAUUGUAACAGUUCCCCCUGGUUUUCUGGUUCAGCCCAAUAACCAGGAUGGGAUCUAUGGCAAGUCAGAGGUUCUGAACUGCUCUGUGAAAGGGUACCCUCCUCCCAAAGUUGUCUGGAAGCAUGCCAAAGGUAUAGGGAACCCCCAGCAGUACCACCCAGUUCCACUGACGGGUCGCAUCCAGAUCCUGUCCAAUGGUUCUCUGCUGAUCCGCCACGUUCUAGAGGAAGACCGGGGAUACUACCUGUGUCAGGCCAGCAACGGAGUGGGGUCCGACAUCAGCAAGAGCAUGAUGCUCACCGUUAAAAUUCCAGCUAUGAUCACAUCCCACCCAAACACCACCAUGGCCAUAAAAGGGCAGAACAAGGAGUUAAACUGCACCGCCCGGGGUGAGAACCCCAUCAUCAUCCGCUGGGAGCGAGGCGACACUUAUAUUGACUCGAUUAACCCUCGAUACUCCAUCACCACCAGCCACAACGAGAAAAGCGAUGAAGUUAUCUCCACACUGAAGCUGAAACCAGCGGAGCGCGGGGAUUCCGUCUUUUUCUCCUGUCACGCCAUCAACUCAUACGGCGAGGGCAGAGGGCUCAUCCAGCUGACGGUGCAAGAACCCCCUGACCCCCCAGAGCUGGAGGUUCGAGAGGUCAAAGAUCGGAGUAUGAACCUAAGGUGGACGCAGCGGUUUGACGGCAAUAGCAUCAUCACCAGCUACGACAUUGAGUACAAGAACAAAUCCGACCCGUGGGAGCUGAAACAUGCCACCCGUAAGAUCUCGCCAACCAACAACCAGGCCAACAUAGUGGAGCUCCACCCGGCGUCCGUGUACAGCAUUCGCAUGUACUCCUACAACAAGAUUGGACGCAGUCAAGCCAGCAAAGAGCUGACCAUCAGCACAGAGGAAGCACCUCCUGACGGGCCACCCAUGGAGGUGAUUUUACAGCCAAUGACUUCUCAGAGUAUCCGUGUCACUUGGAAGGCACCUAAAAAAGAGCUCCAAAAUGGAGUGAUCCGUGGCUAUCAGAUCGGUUAUAGGGAGAACGGACCGGGCAGUAAUGGACAAUACAGUAUAGUGGAGAUGAAAGCCACAGGCGAUAGUGAGGUGUACACACUGGAUAACUUGAAGAAGUUUGCUCAGUACGGCGUGGUCGUCCAGGCGUUCAACCGAGCCGGAACCGGACCUUCCAGUUCGGAGAUCAAUGCCACAACACUCGAAGAUGUUCCCAGCCAGCCACCCCAAAAUGUGCGGGCCAUCACGGUGACGUCGGACGAGGCGGUGAUCACGUGGUCCGAGCCCCCGCGGAUGACCCUGAAUGGGGUUCUGAAGGGCUACCGUGUGGUGUUCUGGUCCCUCUACCCCGAUGGAGAAUGGGGAGAGAUGCAGAACAUCACUACCACUCGUGAGCAGGUGGAGCUGAAGGGUUUGGAGAAGUUCACAAACUACAGCAUUCAGGUCCUGGCCUACACACAGGCAGGAGAUGGCGUCCGCAGCAACGUACUCUACAUUCAGACCCGAGAAGACCACCCCGGCCCUCCAGCGGGCAUCAAAGCAGUGCCAUCCUCUGCCUCCAGUGUGGUGGUAUCCUGGCUUCCCCCCAUCAAGCCCAAUGGUAUCAUCCGAAAAUAUACAAUUUACUGUUCCAGCCCUGGAUCGGGCCAACCGGCACCCAGCGAAUACGAAGCCAACCCUGAGCUGCUGAUAUACAGAAUCACCCACCUGACCCGGGGUCAGCAGUAUCUGAUCUGGUCAGCUGCCGUCACCACUGCUGGUCGGGGCAACAUCAGCGAGAAGGUGACUGUGGAGCCUGCUGGGAAAGCUCCUGCUAAAAUCCUAUCUUUUGGUGGAACGGUGACCACUCCAUGGAUGAAGGAAGUCCGGCUGCCGUGCAGCUCGGUGGGAGAGCCGACACCUACCAUCAAAUGGACCAAAGACAGUGAGGACACUGCCAUUCCGGUUACUCAGGAUGGUCACAGGAACAUUCUUUCAAAUGGUACCCUGGUGCUACGUUCUGUGAAAGCCGAGGAUUCUGGGUACUACACCUGCACCGCGACCAACACGUUGGGGUUUGACACAAUCAUCGUAAACCUGCUGGUACAAGUGCCUCCAGAUCAACCACGUUUGACAGUUUCCACCACGUCCACUUCUUCUAUAACUCUGGCUUGGAUCCCUGGAGACAAUGGAGGAAGCUCCAUCAGAGGAUUCGUGCUGCAGUAUUCAGUUGAUAACACUGAGGAGUGGAAGGAUGUCUUCAUUAGCUCAAGCGAACGCUCUUUCAAGUUGGACAACUUGCGCUGUGGAACCUGGUACAAAGUCAAACUGGCAGCUAAAAACAGUGUGGGAGCCGGUCGCAUCAGCGAGAUCAUUGAGGCCAAGACUCAUGGCAGAGAGCCGCAGUUCAAUAAGGACCAGCCCCUCUUCACUCACAUCAACUCCACCCACGCCCGGCUCAACCUCCAGGGCUGGACGAGCGGCGGCUGCCCCAUCACCGCUGUCCUUCUGGAGUUCCGUCCCAAAGGCACCUGGGCCUGGCAGAGCGUUCGCACCAACGCCUCUGCUGACAUCUUCCUCGCUGAGCUGCGUGAGGCCACCUGGUAUGAGCUGAAGAUGAAGGCGUGCAACAGCGCCGGGUGCGGGAACCAGAGCUCACAGUUUGCCACGCUGGAUUAUGAUGGCAGCACUAUUCCGCCAAUUAAGUCAGCACGAGGGGAAGGGGACGAUGUUAAAAAGCUUUUCUCAAUCGGCUGCCCAGUCAUCCUGGUCACGUUAGGCAUGGCGCUACUCUUUAUUAUCCGCAAGAAACGCAAAGAAAAGAGACUCAAGAGACUCAGAGAUGCUAAAAGCUUGGCUGAGAUGCUUAUCAGCAGUAAGAACAAUCGAAGUUUUGACACUCCAGUUAAAGGCCCACCUCAGGGACCCCGACUGCACAUAGAUAUCCCGCGCGUGCAGCUGCUCAUCGAGGAUAAAGAGGGAAUCAAACAGAUAGGUGAAGACAAGGCCACUAUCCCUGUGACGGACACUGAGUUCAGCCAAUCAGUGAACCCUCAGAGCUUCUGUACGGGUGUGUCUGUGCAUCACCCUGCCCUCAUCCAGAACACUGGCCCUUUGAUUGACAUGUCAGACAUCAGGCCUGGCACCAAUCCAGUAUCGAGGAAGAGUGUGAAGUCUGCGCACAGCACAAGGAACCGCUAUUCCAGCCAGUGGACUCUGACGAAAUGCCAGGCCUCCACACCUGCUCGCACUCUCACCUCAGACUGGCGGACAGUGGGCUCCCAGCACGGCAUCACGGUCACAGAGAGUGACAGCUACAGCGCCAGCCUGUCCCAGGACACAGAUAAGGGACGUAACAGUAUGGUGUCCACAGAGAGUGCAUCUUCCACGUACGAGGAGCUGGCCCGGGCGUACGAACACGCUAAGCUGGAAGAACACCUGCAGCACGCCAAGUUCGAGAUCACAGAGUGCUUCAUCUCAGACAGCUCCUCUGAUCAGAUGACCACAGGAACCAAUGAUAACGCAGACAGCAUGACCUCUAUGAGCACACCAUCCGAACCGGGCAUCUGUCGCUUCACUGCCUCCCCACCCAAACCACAGGACUACGACCGCGGCAAAAAUGUGGCAGUGCCCAUUCCCCACCGCGCCAACAAGAGUGAGUACUGUAACCUCCCCCUAUACAUGAAGACGGACCCUUUCUUCCGGAAACAAGCAGAGCUACACGACCCUUGCCCUGUGGUCCCACCCCGCGAGGCCUCCAUCCGGAGCCUCGCCGCCCGGGCCUACCACACACAGGGCCGCCACAUGACAUUAGACCCCUCCAAGCAGCAGGCCCUGACGCUGGGCCACGGUGGCCUGAGCAGCCUGACCAGCUCGGGGGCCUCUGGUACGUCGGGCCCAGCCUCAAGCGGGGCCGCUGGGAGCUCCAGCAUCAGCUCAGGCACGGCCACCCUGCCCCAGAGGACUCUCACCAUGCCCAGCACCUCCUCCACCUCCUCGGCCCCCAGCGGGGCGGUCGCCGCUGGAGCGGGAGCCAGUGCAAGCUCCACGGGAGGCAGCGGCCUAACACCCGGCAGCUCCAAGGUCGGGGGAUCCAGAGACUCUCUGCUAGAGAGCAGCUCGUCCGGCUUGGGAAGACUGCAAAAGCAGAAUGCUGGGGCGUACUCCAAAUCCUACACUCUGGUGUAGCUCACGUGUACACACAUACAGUACGUUCACACACACACACACACACCUGGAGUCUGGGCAGGGGCGGAAACGAACAAUGGCGGGACAGGGGUCUCUCUCUUUUCCUCUCUUAUUUGCUUUGUUUGUUUGUUUUUUAUUCUUCCGCUUUUUAUCUGGCCUUCUCCAGGAUUAAAUAUGCCAACCCCCCGGACCCUUUCCCCUAAUUUUGCCUUCUUUUUGUUUUCAGUUGUAUCCUCCUCUCACCUUCCCCACCUACCCCCACUCCCCCUCUCUGUCAAAGACACCUUGGACCUUAUGCACGAAAUGCUUUCCAUGUGCACUUGUUCAUUUGAUUUGUCGACUUCAGAAAAUAGGAAAAAGAGGUUUUAAGAGAUGUAUCGUUUCGCAUUGAUCCGUCUAGAUGUUUUUAGGCUGUUGAAAAAGUGUCUCUUUUUUAUGUCUCUCGCAUAGCUUCAUACUGCAACGCAUUGCCUCGGAAAGCUUAUGCAUAAACGAAUCCACCGCGGUGUUCACCUUCCGCCCCUCCUGAUCCACAUCGGUCUGGAAAAACAGCUCGAGGACGAAAGUCUCAAACCGCCUGAAUCGAGUUUUUUGGGAUUUUUUUUUCAUGCAAUUGAUGACACAGUAUAGAGUGUUAUUGACUAUUUUGUAAACAAACAAGAAAAAAAAUCAAGAAAAAAAAAUGUCUGGAGCCAUUUUCACAGCGGAUGUAUGGUUACUGUACUUUUAUGUUGAUUUUUUUUGUCCGUUUUCUAUUUUUCGAUAUUUUGAACUUUAGCACUAAGGAGGGCCGGGUGGAUCCACUGAGCUUUCUCAAGCUUGUGUAUGUGUGGUGUGUGUGUGUGUGUGCAUGUGUAUGUAUAUGUGUAAAUAUAUAUGUAUACAUGUGGCAAGCACACACCUUUGAGGGACCUCUCGGCAUCGGAAAGGGAUCGGCUUGGAGACGCCAAGUGCCACCCAUUGAGCUUACACGGUCUAGAGUUGGUCUGAAAGUGGGACAGUAGACGCAUCUCCCUUCUCGUCAAGAAAGGCUCUUGUUUUGCUGUUUGUUGGUUGGUUGGUUCGUUCGUUUGUUCGAUUGUUUGUGUUUGAUGCCAUAUACUUAUCACCCCUCCUUCCCCUCCCACAGAAACAUGACCACUUUCUCUGUCUCACUGUGAACGCCUAAACGCCUCUCCUGGAUGGGCCGAGCGCAGGCAGAAAGGCGGGAAGAGAGCAGAGAGGUAGGGAGGAAGUAGAGGCAGACGGGCGGGUGAACAGAGAAGGAGAGAAAUCUGCCGUCGCUGUGUAGCUUUUCUGCGUUUGUUCAUCGUUUCUCUUUAUUCUUUGCUUUCCUUCCCCACACGAAGACUCUAGCGGUCAUUCCUAUUUGAAGGUCUUAGAGACUCUAGCUUUAGGUAGCGCAGGGGUGGAUAAAGGAGAGAAUGAGUGAAAUGUAGGAGGUGAAGGUUUCAUUCAGCCCCUAAAUGAAUCGAAUAUCCUCUCAAUCCUCCUUCGUUCACUCAGUUUCCAAAGCAAAGCCCCAUCACAGAGAAACUUCCAAAAAUCGACAAACUCUCCCAAUGAUUUCAAUGGAAAAAAAAAAAAGGUACUACAUCAGGGCUCCUGCAAUACAAAAGAA